AUGGCGCUUAUGAAAUUUGCUCUUGCUUUGCUAGCCAUGGCUGCCUUGGCUGUCGCUAAGCCGUCUCAUCCUUUUGCACUGCAUUCAGCCAUACCCGAACAUUUCGAUUUUGCACCACCUGUAUUGCCGCCUACACACUUCCAUGCUGCAGCACCUGUUCCUGAGCCCUGGCUGCCAGCGCCUCAUCUACAUGCCGCAGCACCAGCACCUCUGUUGCCAGCACCCGCCCAAUACCUCCCGGCCCCAGCGCAACUGCUACCCGCACCUGCUCCCAUCUUACCAGCUCCUGCUCCCAUCUUUCCCGCUCCCGCUCCCGCACCCAUCUUUCCUGCUCCCGCACCCUUCUUUCCAGCUCCAGCUCCUGCGGCUAUUCUGCCAGCUCCUCUUUUGCCCGCUCCAGUAGUGCAUCAUCAUCAUCAUGUGCUGCCCGCUCCUCUGCCCGUACCAGUACCAGUUUUGUCUGCUCCAGUAUUGGAACCUGCACCUUUUGUUGCUCCUACAUACCGUGCCAUUCCCGGACCCAAAACCACCACACAUCAUGUGUCGGUUGGUUAUGCCUUUCCUCAUGCUCAUGUGGCCAAAAUUGUAGCGCCUCAUGCUCAUUUGCAUGCCGCGCAUUUGCACUCGGCACCACUAUUGAGCCAUCAUCAUCAUCACUCACUCUUUUAAUUUCCUUUCUAACAAAGAAAAAAGGAUUAAUUAGAGGCUAAGGAUGUGGCUUUUCAGAAGUCAAGAGUAAGCGUUCCAAAAGUAAUUUGCGUAAAUACAUCACAGAGUUUGAGUUUUACUUCAACUCGAUUGUUAAUUUAUUUAACAUCUGUUAAGUUUAAUAUAAUUACAUAUAAUUUUUUAUAUUUAUGUUUUGUGUUAAGAAUUACUUUUGUAUUUACUAUGCAUUGCAAAUAAUCGAAUAUUUAGUACAAUUAAUAAAAACCC